CUCUCCCUGCGGCGACGUUUUCCUCCUCCUCAGAUCCCCUCCGAUUUACCUGAAUCCUGUGCUACUGUGGGCUGGUGAUAACUGCUCUGAUUGCUGCGGUCUAGCCGUCUAGCCGUUCGGUGCUUCCAGAUUCAGCUGAAAUGUAAAAGUUCACGCUUCCACGGCAGCGCAGGAAAAAAGACAUUCCGUGUGAUGGUAAUGCGCCACUUGUGAGCGCUGAAACUGACGUGAAAUCCUGGCGUGCGGUCCAUGGCGAGCUUCCUCCUAAUCUGGGUAGGGGAAAGCGACAUUUGCCUCGUAUUCUCCUUGCCGAGAGCUCAGGAAUCUGGCAUCCAUUGGUUAAUCCAUUCCUGACCAGUCGUACCUUAUUUUCGGUACAGUAUGCAUUUCAAUGACCUUAUCCAGAAUUCACAAAUUCAUUCAGUUAUCUCCAUUGGCUGGCUAUUGCUGGUAUCUUGACGGAUCAAUCGUUAACAAAGCGUUGUGUGAUAUUAUUAUCUGGCGAUGAAUUUGGAAUGUGACCCAUCACCAGAGGAUCUUGAUGUUCAAUCUUAUUUCUGUCUGCAACCCCAAAGCAUCAGGCAUCUGGUAGAGGUUCAAUUUGCAGAUGGCAGUACGUUCCAUCUGUCAGCUGAGUUUCUCAGAGUCUACAGCCCAGCAGCUGACAGCAAGAUCAGAUCAAUAGCUGGCGAGAAGGUUAUAUUUGGGCGCCGACAUGUUGGAAUUAUGUCAGCCGAAUCAAUAGGAAACUAUGGAGUCCGGAUACUGUUUGAUGAUUUGCACAAGACUGGGAUCUUCACUUGGGAUUACUUGCACCAUCUGGGUUCUAACAAAUUCAGUCUGUCACGAAAUUAUAUCAAAACUUUGAGGAAACACGGUCUUAGUCGGGAUCCUCAGAGAAGAAAAUGAUGGUAAGUAUUUGUGUGUCUUAAGCAUGUAGGUACGACGGAACUCAAAUAGGGUUUGCCUGCCAUGUGGAUGGAUGGAGCUUCUACAUGUGAACACAAAAUCUCUUAAUUCAGAUAACUUAUUACAUAGUGUCAGAAACUGUGUUUACAUUUAGAAUAUGAUAAUAUUCUUUACACUGAGUUCA